AUGAGGGAGAUCGUGCACCUGCAGGCCGGCCAAUGCGGCAACCAGAUCGGCGCUAAGUUUUGGGAGGUGAUCUCGGACGAGCACGGGAUCGACCCGACGGGAUCGUACCACGGGGACUCGGACCUACAGCUCGAGCGCAUAAACGUGUACUACAACGAGGCGACCGGGGGCAAGUACGUGCCCCGAGCCAUCCUCGUCGACCUCGAGCCUGGUACGAUGGACGCCGUGCGCUCCGGGCCAUUCGGGCAGAUCUUCCGGCCCGACAACUUUGUGUUCGGGCAGAGCGGGGCCGGCAACAAUUGGGCCAAGGGCCACUACACCGAGGGCGCCGAGCUCGUCGACUCGGUCCUCGACGUCGUCCGCAAGGAGGCCGAGAGCUGCGACUGCCUCCAGGGCUUCCAGCUGACCCACUCCCUGGGUGGGGGCACCGGGGCAGGCAUGGGCACCCUCCUCAUAUCGAAGAUCCGCGAGGAGUACCCCGACCGGAUAAUGAUGACCUUCAGCGUGGUGCCGUCGCCAAAGGUGUCCGACACCGUGGUCGAGCCGUACAAUUGCACCCUCUCGGUCCACCAGCUCGUCGAGAACACCGACGAGUCGUACUGCAUCGACAACGAGGCCCUCUACGACAUAUGCUUCCGCACCCUCAAACUGACGACCCCCACCUACGGCGACCUGAACCACCUGGUGUGCGCCACCCUCAGUGGGGUCACGACCUGCUUGAGGUUCCCCGGCCAACUGAACGCCGAUCUGCGCAAGCUCGCCGUCAACAUGGUCCCCUUUCCCCGGCUGCACUUUUUCAUCCCCGGCUUUGCCCCGCUCACCUCGAGGGGUUCGCAGCAGUACCGGUCGCUGACGGUGCCCGAGCUUACCCAGCAAAUGUUCGACGCCAAGAACAUGAUGGCGGCGUGCGACCCACGCAACGGCCGUUACCUCACUGUCGCUGCGGUCUUCCGGGGCCGCAUGUCCAUGAAGGAGGUGGACGAGCAGAUGCUCAACAUCCAGAACAAAAACAGCUCGUACUUUGUCGAGUGGAUACCGAGCAACGUCAAGACGGCCGUGUGCGACAUACCGCCCCGGGGCCUCAAAAUGUCGGCCACCUUCAUCGGCAACUCCACCGCCAUACAGGAGCUCUUCAAGCGCGUCUCCGAGCAGUUCACCGCCAUGUUCCGCAGGAAGGCCUUCCUCCACUGGUACACCGGGGAAGGCAUGGACGAGAUGGAGUUCACGGAGGCCGAGGGCAACAUGAACGACCUGGUGUCGGAGUACGAGCAGUACCAGGAGGCCACGGCGGACGAGGACGGCGACUUUGACGAGGACGAGGGCGAGAACGAGGAAGCUUAG